UGUUCUUGUUCGUAUGUCUUCUACAGUUAAGAACAGUGGGUUGAAUUUUCUUCUUAUUGAUUAGUUCUACCUGCGUUUGCUUGUUCUUGAUAAAGGGUUUCUAAAGUUUAGUUUUUUUGCUGAAUUCUUUGGUCAAGAUUGCUUCAGAGCUCUAAGGAUAUUGUACGUUUGGGUUUGAUUGAAGGUACCUGGAUUCUUGCAAGAGCCACGAUGUGCUACCCAAUUCUGCAAUACUAUCAGCACUGUAUAAGGCCAUGUUGCAGAAAAGAAUACAGCAGGAGUGCACCAUUGUGCUUUCGCUUGAUGAGCUGGAGGAUUCUGACUUAUCCCCCAUUAUUGAUGCCCUCCUUAAAGUUCACUCUUUUAGCGUUGAUGCAGUGGACAUACUUUGUAGAUCGCGUUCUAUCUUGAACCAAGAGUAUGUCUUGUCUUUAAUGCGGGCAGUCGAUUCAAAGCUUCGAAUUGCCAAUCUCCAGGAUAUGUUAUUGAGAAAGGAUAUCAUAUGGGAACUUUUUGAAGGUGGUUCGAAUUGCCGUCUGCUAAAACUGAGGUCUACUGAGAUUCAGAAACUCAACGUGACUGGGAAUUUCAUGCAGCUACACACCCUCAAUCUGGAUUUCUGUUCUUCCCUCGUUUCUCUGGAGAAGGAUUGCUUUGCUAACAUGCCCAAGUUAACUUGUCUGUCAAUGUGCGGGACGAGAGUAGCUGAUCUUUGGACAACCAGUACUGCGUUGUCAAGACUGACUUGUUUGGCAGAAUUACGGUUCCAAAACUGUAUAUGCUGCAAAGACACUGGAAUGUGUCUUGCAUCAUCCAAUGAUUCCGAUGACCUGGUUUCUACUGGCGUCCGCGAUUUCCAGAAUACACCUCAGGAGUUACCAGAUGAUUUGGUGGAUCGAGUUCUUGAUCAGAUCAAGAAAAUUAUGGCACUAGAUUUGUCUUCUGCUUCCUGCUCUGGACCUGAAAGUUUAGAACUCGAGGUCCCUGCUGGAGAAUUGAAUGUUCAAGAGAAAAAUGAGUCUCCUCGUCCCUUGAAGCUAAGAGAUACUUCAAUUGUUUCCGAGAUGUAUGUUUCUCAUCACGCUUCACCCAUCUGCUUUGAGAAACACUACAGGGAGUACAUGAUUACAUCGUUGCCUCAUCUGCAAGUGCUAGAUAAUAUGCCUGUAAGGAAAAAGGAUCGGGAAAUAGCCAAGGCCGUCUUCUCAACUUCCUAUGAGUAUUUACCUUACAAGCGCCCGCAUAAAGAGAGUGUUCUUAGAGUUUUGCAUAUGCGUGAAACUGGAACAAACAAUCUGUACUCUAGAAAAUCGGCAAGAGUGGAGAGGCCAGCUUCUCGGGGAAAUAGCCAGUUUUCCUAUUACAGGUCCCUUUGUGCUGCGAAAUUCGGGGCUUCAUCAUGGCCUUCUGCAAACCCCUUGUCUCAGAUUUGCAAUAUUAUUAAUGAAGACAACAAGAUUCCUCAACCAAGACAGUUUGAGUACCACCCAUCUGAUCCUAGUCUAAUGUCAUUUGGUACCUUGGACGGGGAGGUGGUUGUUGUAAACCACGAGAGAGGAAAUAUCGUGACUAGAAUUCCACCUUUUGGAAUGACAAAUAGCGUUUUGGGGCUUUCUUGGCUUAACAAGCAUCCAUCUAAGCUGCUUGUUGGUUCCGAUGAUGGUUCUUUGAGAUUGUAUGACAUCAAUCAUGUUCGGGAAGAAGCAGAAGGCUACUAUUACACCUCUGCCCCUGUAAUUUUCGAGAGUUUUGAGCACUUGACUUCAGUUCAUGUCAAUUCAACCGAUGAUCAAUUCCUCACGAGUGGUUAUUCCAAGAAAGUCGCUAUAUAUGACAUUUGCAGCGGCAAGCGCAUACAUAUGUUCAGUGACAUGCACACCGAACCCAUAAAUGUUGCUAAGUUUGCAAACCACUCCCCUAACGUGUUGGUCACAUCAUCAUUCGACCACGAUGUCAAGCUCUGGGAUUUACGACAGCAACCAAUGCGGCCUUGCUAUACAGCUUCAAGUUCGAGGGGAAAUGUGAUGGUUUGCUUCUCGCCUGAUGACCUUUAUCUGCUCGUAUCUGCUGUAGACAACGAGGUGAAACAACUUCUGGCAGUAGAUGGAAGACUUCAUACAGAUUUUGGGAUACACUCAACCGGAAGUGCUCAUAACUACACCCGCUCAUAUUACAUGAACGGAAGGGACUACAUCGUCAGUGGAAGCUCUGAUGAAUCAGUUGUCCGCAUUUGCUGUGCUCAAACCGGGAGGCGGCUGAAGGACUUGUAUUUGGAGGAUAGGGACUUUGGGCACUCGAUGUUCGUGCAAUCGUUGAGAAGUGAUCCCUUUCGACACUUUCACUUGGCUGUCUUGGCUACCUAUGCUCAUCCCUGCUCAAAACGCGAUAUCAUCAAGGUCAAUUUGCUGGAAUCUGCCCAAUCUAAGGAAAACUUGGGAUGGGAAGACUCAUUCCAGAUUUCCAACAGUCUUGGGGGUUGAAUUAUUUACUUCUGCAAAUCUGUAUGUAUUGUUCAUAUACUAUUUCAUGACAGUUGUAUAUAAUUUUCUCCCAUUUCAUUGUAUAAUAUACAGUCACCAGGCUGAACAUAUACUACUAGAAGUAAUUUCUUCAUUAAGAAUAAAACUACAAUGUUGCAA